CAGAGGCCACAUCAGCCACCCAAUGAAAAAAAACAAACAAAAAAAAACUACUAGCUGUAACUCAAUGUCUUCCAGCAUCUCCUUUUUUUAACACUCUGCCAGCCACAUGGUAAAUAGAUUACAGAGGAUUCUCUUAUUUAAAGACUAAAGCAAAAGCUCUGCUGUUUUAUUUUUGGCUUAUCCAGGAAUAACACAACAACAACACAGACGAAAAGCACCCAGAGGCUCCGUAGUGGCAUCCAGUAGACGUUACCUUCCCCCUGUGGGACAUUCGUGUGUGGCGGGGCUGUCAGACACUUUAGUGGGUCAGCUGAGUGUGGUCUUUGCUUUCUGCACCACUGAGCUGGGAUCUCAUUUGAAUCUGUCCUGCUGGGUUUGCUGAACCAAGAGGCUGCCUGUGCCUGUGUGUUUGUGUAUGUGCGUACACACAGCAGUGAUCAUGUCUCUCAGACUGCUGCCCGCUAUCGUGAUGGAAAACGACGAGGACGAUGAUGGAAACUUCACCAACUGGAUGAGUAGCUACUGGGGUCAUGGAACGGACGGCGGACGCUCCAGAGAGAGAAAACGAAGUUUUAGGCGGCCUUCGAAAACAAACCUCGACCGCAGAGCAUCACUCCCCACCGUGACACAACUGGAUGCCAUGAAGCUAAACAAGACCCACACGGCGACCAACGCGCCCAUUCCCAAAACGAGGGAAGACAAGGGGGAGGUCAGGCCUCACCAGAGGGUUCAUCGCAUCUCCUCAGACGAAAACCGGCCCAAGACGGCCAUCACGGAGAGCCGCAUCACCCCCAUCCCAGAGCUCACAGAGUCCUUCCAGAGGAGGCUGUGCUUCACUGACAAGAAAACCAUGUGUCUGAGCGAUAAAGACAAGAUGUGCCUGAUUUGCCAUGAAGACAUGUGCAAGAACGGAGAGGGAGUUCAAGAACUUCACUGCAAACACCGCUUCCACAAAGAGUGCAUGGAGCAGUGGCUGUGGAAGAAACAGACAUGCCCCACGUGCCGUGUCCACGUCUCCAUCAUAAAGCCUCUCUACUGGUCUUCGUCCCGCACCACUGUCCCAUGAUGACCCUUGCGCUCGCAUGUUCAUUCCUGUGACCUCCCGGCCCCAGAGGCCUCCAGCACAUCCUAACCUCCCCUUCCCUCUGCAUGGUCACCCACUUCUAGAUUGUCUUCUCGUCUCGGAACGGCCCGGAUCCUCCAGCUAGCAGACAGACUUUGCUGCUGAGCAAUGAGAUCCGAGGAGCCCAUGUUUUGGGAGAACCUGUGGCCAUACCGGUCGGUCUGAACUGCUCACAGCAAAACUAAAGGACACACUAAGCGAAUUCAGCUCCAGACAACAGGCAGCUUAUUUGUAUGUGUAAUGUCAGAUGAAACAAACUCCUAUGAGGGAGGCUAUAGUUCACAAGGGUUUUACCUCUAUUUGUCAUAAAAGUACACUCUAAAAAUUGUUGGCUGGAUGAAAAACAAUAUAAUUUGGGUUAUUUUGAUGUCUCAGUCCUGCUAAUGCCAAAGAACAGCUGAUCCAUGACUGGGCUGAUUUGCCACAACAGCAUGCUGGGUGUGGUUUUAAUUAAAGAUGAUAAUAUCAAACGGAAAGAUUAGCAAAAAGUAAGCAGGAAAAAAAGUCCACAACCUGAAUUGCUAAACAAACAAUAAAAUGAAUCAACCCUGCUCUCCAGCAGUCGAUGGGUCAGAGAGAGGGUGAGAUGGACAGCCAUGCUUGGACACAUGAUCCCACCUAGUGGUACUUUAGAGGAGCUUGUUAACCUAAUGUGCAUGUUUUUAAUCUGUGGAAGAAAGAACCUAUAAAUGCACAGGGAUAAUGUGUAAUAACCACACACAACAAUUAUUAUUGUUUAUAUUGACUUUACUACCAGUUGUUUGCUCAAAUUGAUAGUCACAGCUGGCGCUAGCUAGUGCUUAUCACCCAGCUGGUAAGCUGGUUAGCUUACAUCUUGUAAGAACUAAAGUCAACAACAAAAAUAAGUGACAUUAACAUCAGCAGUAUUUUAUCAUCUACACUCUUAUUUUAUCCUUUGGAAGAGUUUCAGAUCAGUUUGUUGUUCAUUUCAAUAUGGCGGAUUGUGAAGAAUAAUGAGGCUUUUUCUAGACUUUUCUUUACCCACUGGUAACUCCUCAGUAAGGAAAGAAGGUACCGGCUGUUCUGAAAGUUGCUACAAUUUGUUACUUUAAAUCAUCACAUAAUGGCAUUUUGGAGUCUAUGGUCCAACCAACGGGAAAUUAGAGCAAGACAGUUAUUUUUAAAAUCGUUCAACUGCACAGGGAUCAGACCAAAGGCAGCUUUUUAACCUGCCUGUUACAACAAAAUUGAAGUUUUUUAAACUAAUUAUCAUUUAAAACUGCCCAACUCUUGUUUUAAAAAGAUAAGCCCAAAAUUCAGGUAAAAGAAAAAGCCAAGCAGUUUUUAGAGAGUACUACCACUGCUAUCACUAAGGUGACAUGUUUCAGACACUGACUUUGCAUAGACAUAAAUAACCAUAAAUAACCGUGUGUUUCUAUCUGUUUUCUGAGGUAAAUGAUUUGAUUUUAAGCUCUUUUAUGGAGCUCUCUCACUUCAGUCACAUCUUUAGAGUUGCACUAAUUCCAGUCCAGAUGUGGGCUGUGGUCGGUUAGAUUUCUGUCUUUAUGCUAAGUUAAGUUUAAUGUCCGCUGCCCACUUCUCUACAUUUAACAUACACACACAUGAAAUCUGGUAUCUUUCUCAUCUAACUCACAACAGAAAGAUUUUGCUAAACUGCGCCUUUAAAUCUGACACUAAGUAAAUUGCAUAUUCAAAUAAUGCCAUAAUCGACUUACGUCUUAACGUUUCAGAUAAAAAGGAAACAAGUUUACAUAUACUCAUGAUUUACUUGAAUUUUUUCCUUUUCUAAGAUGAAAAUGUACAGCAACCAACCUCCUAUAAUAAAAAUAAAACAAGAA